UCCCGAUUUGUGCGGGGGAGCGGCGGGCGCUCGGCAGAACCGCGCGAUCGGCACCGGCACCGGUACUACCUCAGCGUGUGUCCCCCCCCUCCCCGCCGCUCCCCUUCACGGAGGACGUUACGGGCAAGGCCUUUGCACUGAAGCCAAGUGAAGAACCUCAGAAUUGCACUACACGCCAUUUAACUCAGCUACGAUUUCGCUAGCAGCAAAGCAUCUCCGCCACCACUGAGACCUCGAGUGCUGUUUUUCCCCCUCCCUGCCCAUUGCUCCCAUCUCCACGCCUGGAAGCCGGUGCUCAGCAGUAGCUCUAACUCACCGUCCAUCCCGUUGGACCGCUCCCCACCAUGUUUCAGCGUCUCACCAGCCUCUUCUUCAGCGACAGCAACACGCCAGAAGGCCUGGAGGAGCCCAAACCCUUCGUCGAGGAGGAGGAGGAGGAAGAUGGCUGGCUCAUAAUUGAUCUUGCAGGCAGCCGUGCCCGCCCCGGCGCAGCCCGGCGAGUGGGUGCUGGCGGAACUGGGCGCUCGGCGCGAUCCCGCCCAGCACCCCCCGGUCCGCCGCCGCUGCCGGCCGCUUCCCCGGCUCCGGCUGGUCCCUGCUUGAUGGACGAGAGUUGGUUUGUCACCCCUCCCCCCUGUUUUACUGCAGAGGGGCCCGGCCCCGGCGGCAUGGGGAGCAGCCCCAUGGAGGACCUGCUCAUCGAGCACCCCAGCAUGUCCGUCUACGUCACCAGCACCCUCGAGGUGGAUGGGGAGGGCCCCGAGGACGAUGCUGCCGGGGAGGUGCCGGAGCCCCGGCUGGAGCGGCACGUGCCGCACCACAGCAGGUCCCUCUCGGUGAAGGCCACCAUCUUGGAGAAGGUCGGGCAGGCACGGCGGGUGCAGCGGGCCAAGCAGCUGGCGGAGAAGCACCGGCUCAGCCAGAAUGCACUGCAGCGGCAGAACCGGGCCCUCCAGCGCCCACUGCGCCGGGCCAAGCAGCGUGCCGGGACCUUCGUCCACCAGCCCUGCCAGCGCCACUGCAACUACUGA